AUGGGAGGCCAUCCCUGGGCUGCCUAUCCUUUUCAAAGGUGGCAGGUGGACUUUGCUGAAGUCCCCCCUUGUAGGGGCUAUAAGUAUUUGCUUGUUUUUAUUGACCAACUUACUGGGUGGGUAGAGUGUUACCCUACACGGCAUUGUCAGGCACGGGCAGUCACCAAAGCCCUGUUACAUGAAAUACUCCCCCGCUUCCAUCUCCCCGAAGUAAUUGAGUCAGACCGGGGAAGCCAUUUUAUCUCCCAGGUGGUUCAACAGGUAUCACGAGCCCUCGGUAUCCAAUGGAAAUUGCAUACACCUUGGAGACCGCAGAGCUCGGGCCAAGUAGAAAGAAUGAAUAGAACUCUUAAAGAUACUCUCACAAAGUUGUGUAUGGAGUCUGGUUUAAAGUGGCUUGAUGCUUUGCCACUUGCCCUUACCCGCAUUCGGAGGGCUCCGCGUAAGGGUCUGAAACUUUCACCCUUUGAACUGGUUUUUGGGUUCCCUCCCCGAGUACUCAUCCCGGGGUACCGAGAGGAUGUAAACUGGGAAAUAGGGAAAGACUCUUUGUGGAAACAGGUUUCUGCGCUACAAUCUGUUUUGUUACAGCUACAUCGAUAUGCAGCGCCUUUCCAGACCCUUCCCUUGGAUCAGCCCGUGCAUUCCUUCCAGAUUGGUGAUCAAGUCCUUAUCAAAAAGUGGAAGCGUGAUCCCCUCAUGCCAAGGUGGGACGGUCCGCACGCUGUAUCGCUCAUCAGCCAGGCCGCCGUUAAGGUCCUCGGGAGCGACAAGUGGACUCAUCAUACACGAGUAAAGCGGUUCUUGAAUCCAAAUCCGGAGAACAACACAACCGAAGAGGACAACAGCCCUCUGUCCGCUCCGGCUCCGGAAGCCCGGGGUGGCACAGGUGAAGACUCUAACUGGGAGUACCAAGGACUAGAAGGACUAAAGGGACUGUUUAGGAGAAAGGGAUAA